AUGCAAUUAAAUGAUUUAGAAAAUGAAGAUGAAGAAUUUCAAAAUUUUCUUAAACAAGCAACAUUAUCAAAAAAGAUUGAUGAAAAUAAACAAACAACAAAUAAUAAUGAACGUAUUGCUAUUAAACCUGAACCUGGUUUUUGUUUAAAAACAAAACGACUUGAUGAUGAAAUAAACAAUGAAAAAAUCUUUAUUAAUGUUUGUACAUCAUCUCAAAUAAAUGCUCCAAAAGAAAUAACUGAAGAAGAACUUAUUGAAAUUGUUAAAUCAGAAGAUCCAGGAAGAUAUCGUGUACCAAUUAGUUUAGGUGAACCAGUAGCUGAUCUUGAUAAACAUGGACAAGGUUGUACAAUUUUUACUGUUAUUAUUCAUCCGGAUUUUUUUCGUCGUGCACAUUCAAGUCAAACAUUUAUGAAUUUUUUACUUACAUUAAUUUAUGAAGGUUUAGAAAAUAAAUAUCCUCAAUUUAAACUUGAUACUGCAUAG